GUAUAAAAAAAAAGCUGAUAUAUUACAGUGCAUUGUGAUUUUCGUGGAUAUUUGAUCCCAAAUCCAGACAAUGAAUGAUGGCCGGAAGCAAUAAUUCGGAUGAUAGCAAUCGUGCCCCAGAGAACUUCCACUUGUCCUCGUCGAAUGAGGGAACAGACCUGAGUUUGGGUCAGUCAGCUAAGUGUCCAUUGUGUCUGAAUCAGGCGAAACUCUUCUACUGUCGCGACUGCCUGGCCAAUGGGGAUUUUCAUUCCAAGCGGAACUGGUCUAAUGAGAGAUUUGCCGAGAAGAAGAUCCACUGGCUCGAUCAGCAAUCCAAUUCCAAGACAAUGGAGAUGAAAUGUGGGAAUUUGAUGCAGAGGCACCAUCGAGUGGAUGGCCUGAGGACACGAAUUAAGCUGAAGGAGCAGCGUGUGAUGUUGCUGCGGAAGCAAAUUGCAGAUAUUCGGAAUCGUAUGGAGUGUGGGCAGAAGGAACUGAUGGGAUUGCAGCAGAAGAAUAGGGAGCUGCAGAGAACACUACCCAGGUAUGGGUACAAGGUGAGAGAAUUGGAUGACUAUGUGACAAAUAAACUGGGUGCCCUGGAUAAACAAUGGGCAGAUCAUGUGGCUGUCCGGGCAGAACUGAAGCAUCUCAUCAGGAGCAGCAUCAAUCGUCUCAUUCGGUACAUCUUUCCCAUUGAGCGAUCCGUGAAGGAGGCUCCGGGUGGGCAGAGUACCGCUAAGGAACUGGCAGAAGCCACGCACACAGCCUACAUCCGAGGGCAGUGGGUGCUCCAGGACAGUCUCGGGGAGGUUCAGCAUACAAUUGUGGCUCCCUAUUUGCCCGGAAAUGGCGACUAUUCGGCCUACAGUGACUGGGUGGCCACACACAAAGAUGGCGUUCCCACUCACACAAGCGACAGGGAUGCUCCGCUGGAUCACAAUCCAGCCUUCCGGAUCAGUGCUGCCCUCACGUACACAGCGCAACUGGUGCAGGUGCUCAGCUACUACCUGGACGUCAGACUGCCCUUUAAGAUGAACUACAGCGACUUCUGCAGCAGCUACAUGAACGAGGGCAGUUUCAAUAGGCGUGUGGCCAGACUCAAUGCCAACAUCUUCUUCCUCUGCUACACCCAACGUGUCCGGCUGUCAGAACUCAAUCCCAUGCACACCAUCGAGAACAUCCAGAUCCUGCUGCAGCUGGAGCACAGUGAUUUGGGCUGGAUGGGUCAUGUGGAGCCCACAAAUACCCCAACAAAAUCCGUAGAAUCCCUGCUCAAGAUUGGACUGGAAUGUGGCAAUGAUUCAGAGUCUGAAGGUGAGUUUUCCUUCCCCCUCUUCCAUACCGAGUCAGACAUUUCUUUUCCCGGAGCAGAUGAAAACAGCUUUCCCUACGAAUGGGAAGCCGUGCCGCAUUUGUCGUCACUGGACGUGGCUUCUCCCACGCCAAUUGUGCCCACUGCCCAGAAUCCCCUGCAGACUGCCAGUCUGAUGACCAGUGCAGCCGCAUCGAUUGCCUCACUGUGGCGAGGCUGGACCACAGGCAAGUGAAUUAUCACACAACGCAUCUCGGAGUCACACAUUUUGCGAGAUAAAUGAGUGUUUUUGGGCGAUUUCGUAAAUAAAUUUUAUUUGAUGAA